AGGAAGGAAGGAAACCGACAAGUGGGCACACUGACUGCGCACCGCAGCCCGAGAAAAGCUUCGGCUCCUUACAUGAUCUCUUUCGGUGAAACAUUUGGAGUUUCGGGGAGCUAUUUCUGCACCCGCCGUGACGUUCGACACGGUUAAUUUAAGAAGAUAUGUAGCGAGUCGGUAAGUAGCUUGUUGUCACCGACAACGAAGCGAGCUGCUCCGCGUGCUAAAGCUAACACGCUAACAUCUACACUUCGGAAGGAGUUGUGUCAUAUUUCGGGUUUUUGCUUGAACGAUAUUACACAAGAAACACUUCUUAGCUAACCGUAACACCGGGGGUGUUAGGCGGACGUGAUGGCUUCAGAUGUGAUAGAAAGCGAGGCGACUCUGAAGGGUGUGAGUGACACCAACUUGAACAAUAGUCGCCCAGAUUUUGGCACACCCAGGCGGACUCACGAGGGUUCCGGGAACAGACGCACGUCCAGUCCUUCGUCUUCUGGGGUGUCGGGAGAAGUGGACGAGGAGGAGCUGGACGAGCUGCAACACAGCACGGCGUCCACGGUUGAAAAUGGCGAGGAGGCAUUUGAAAACAGUUUAACCAAAUCAAGCAGCAGUCCAGAUGAACGGACGACUCCGGACAAUGAACAGAAGCCUGGUGUCCCGGUCAACCUUCCUCAGCCGUGCUCCCCAGCUGGACCCAGUGGAAGCCUGGAGCGCCAGGAAUCGGUUGCCACGACAGAGGCCCGAUUAAGGAUGGAGGGGGUCGAGCUUAAGGAAGAGUGGCAAGACGAGGACUUUCCACGGCCUCUACCUGAGGAGGAGGAGGAGCUCGAAGAGGAGUUGUUUGCUGGAGCCGCUGAAGAGGGCGAUCCUGGCUAUGAGGCGAACCACAGUAAAAAGGAGAAAAAGAAGCUGGCGGCCCCGGAUAUCAGCCUCACUCUCGACCGCAGUGAAGGUUCCAUUCUUUCUGAUGAGUUGGAUGAAAGUACGGAGCUGGACUUGGACAACAUGGACACGCCUUCGGACAACAGCAAUGAGUUUGAUUGGGAAGAUGAUCUCCCCAAGCCCAAGACUACAGAGCUACUAGAAAAGGGCGUGGAGUCGGUCCAUCCGUACUCCGCCUCGGAGGAGAGGGAUGAGGGCCGCCGCUGGAGGGUCUUUCGCAUCGGGGACCAGGAACACAAAGUGGACAUGACGGCCAUUGAACCUUACAAGCGGGUUAUAAGCCAUGGAGGUUACUAUGGAGACGGCUUGAAUGCCAUAAUUGUGUUUGCCGUGUGCUUCAUGCCUGAGAGCAGUCAACCAAAUUACAGAUACAUCAUGGACAAUUUAUUCAUGUAUGUCAUUGGCACGCUGGAACUUUUGGUGGCAGAGAACUACAUGAUUGUGUACCUUAACGGGGCGACCUCGCGGAAAAAGAUGCCGACCGUCGGCUGGCUCCGAAAAUGUUAUCAGCAGAUUGAUAGAAGGCUGAGGAAGAAUUUAAAAUCUUUGAUCAUCGUCCAUCCCUCUUGGUUCAUUCGCACCCUGCUGGCACUCACCAAACCUUUUAUUAGCUCCAAAUUUAGUCAAAAAAUCAAGUUCGUGUACAGCCUGACAGACCUGGCAGAGUUAGUCCCAUUGGAGUACGUGUCCAUUCCGGAGUGCAUCAAACUGUUUGACGAGGAAAAAAAUAGGAAAAGCCGUAAAAGGUAUCAUGUAUUUUUCACCUCGGACUUGUUUCCUUUCACAAAACUAACGAUAAGUUUCCCCUGCACAGACACCCCAGCACACUGCCCGGCCCCUCUGUUGUUGUUUUGGAUUGAAAUGAUUUGCAUUUGUACCCAAAACCAAUAACAUUUGUAAUUCAGCACUGUUUGUCCACUCAAACGUAUUCUCGGGAUCAUUUCAAAUGUGUAUUUUAUGUAGCUUGAUACAAAACACAAUCAAAGCAUCUCCACGCUGAUGUGGCUACCAAGAAGCCUCUCUUGUGUUUGUUUUCUUGGAAAAAGGUUUACAAUGAGACUUUUUUGAUAUUUGGUAAGUUCAACCGUGUUGUUCUACUGGAAGUGGGUGGAGUCACCAGGAAGUAGCCGGACAUGAUCACCGUGGUUGCGCGAUAACUGCGCGCUCACAUGGUUGGGCCCCCUUCCCUCCGCCGGUCACUCACUGAGUGGAGCCCUCACAGCUUGUUUUUUGCAUGACUCACCGCAAACCUAACUCUCACAAGCCUCAUUCUUCCUUACUUGCACACGUUGAAUUAAUAUGCACAUUUUGACGCGGUCGCUGCUCAUUUGCUUCAUUUUUUUUUCUGUUUUUUAAUUUGAUUUUGUUUGGAAGGGAUGAUGCACUGCAGCCCGUCACAUACACACUUUUCACCUUAGCUUGACCGAUAAUGUUGUGCACGGAUCUUUUAUGACUUGAAAAAAUGUUUAUUUGUAUAUGAAGGGGAAAAAAUGAAUAUAAUGUAUAAUUUAACAACAAUCGAAAACAAGAAAUAAGCAAAGACAAUGAGCACCUAAUAAUUUUCCAUGCCCAAAAUGACAAAAUGCUGCACCUGAAGUGCUGAGCUCCUGUUUUUGGUGAAAAGAAUUUGGGUUGCACGAUUGCAUGUCAUUAAUUUCCAAGAUUACGUGUCUCAUUGUGGCGCAGUGGCUGCCCGCUUCUCUAAAAUACUAAACAUACAACACCACUGUAAAUUACUAUUUGUAGCAGCAAAAGCAGUAGUCCUCUUGACAGUGGAGCUACAUUCAUGUGGGUGCUGAUCAACCCCCAUUUUGUAUGGGAAGAAAUGUCACCAUCACAAAAUCUUAAGUGGACCAGGCACUGUUCACAUUCUUAACUGUCAUACGAGUGUUUCAAAAAGAAAAAGCAUUUGAGGAGUUGCAAAGGCGCAUUCAGUGUCAAGUCUUUAAAGCAGAUAGUCUGGAGGGCCGGGGUAGGGGGGGUGGUUGAUGAUCAGUUGCACAUGAUUCAAAUGUGAUUGACUGACAUGAGUUUCCCCUCCUCUGAUUCAAAUAAUUCUUCGAACUUAGGAUCUUAGAAC